AUGAGAAAACAUAGAACAAUCUACUUCAAUGAUGCCCGUCAUUACUAUCUGUUCGUUUUUGAGCCGCCGAUCCGGUUGGAAGAGGCAUGGUCUGCCGUGGACGAGGUCGCUGGCACGAGCUGCGACACUUUUACCUACGGGGUGUCACGCGCUGAUGGACUAUUCUACCCGUCCAAAGUCGGUAUGCAGUUUGGAGAGGACAUCCGUCCCUUUGACAGUGCCCCUUACUGGCGCAUCUGGGAAAACAUGCAAAGCCUGAUAGACCGAGGUAUCGAUCCGUUGACUCUCCUCAUCGACCGGGCGCAUGAGAAAGGGAUGGACUUUUUCGCUAGCCUACGCAUGGGAGGUUACGGUGGUAUGGAUCCGCAGCACGUGCUAGCAAACGGUGGCAGAGGAUUCGUCCAUCCCGAAGUCCGAGACCAUCAGUUUGCCGUGCUAGAAGAACUCGCCACGCAGUAUCCUGUAGAAGGGGUGGAGUUGGAUUUCGCUGCGGCUCCGGGCGGCAGUCCCUUCUGGCUUAAACCGGAAGACGCACCGGAGUAUACUCCGGUGAUGACCGAUUUCGUCCGGAGUGUCGCUGAGAUGGUACGGAGGCGACCGGGGGGACCUGGGCAAAUUGGUGCACGGAUAUAUCCUACCUUAGAGCUGAAUCAGAAGACGGGGUUGGAUGUACAGACUUGGCUCCGAGAGGGACUCGUUGACUUCGUCGUUCCGAUGGUCUAUGCGUUUUUUGUGCUUGAUGCUAACAUGCCGAUUGAUUGGUUGGUACAAGAGGCACACGAAAACGACAUUUCGGUAUACGCUAUGCUGCAACCCUAUUACAGCGAAGAGAACCGGCGAUUUUAUUCGGUAGAAGAUGCGACGCCUGCUAUGAUGCGGGCAGCUGCUGCUAACUUUUGGGAACGUGGGGUUGAUGGACUCUACUCUUGGUUUCUGCCGUGGCCCCUGGGCGAUGCGGAACGCCGCACCCUCACAGAGUUGGGCGACCCGGAAUUGAUUAAGGAAGGCGACAAACACUACUUUUUGCGCCGGCGUUCCGAGGCGACAGGUGAUCACGAUUACGAAGCCUUCCUGCCAGUUGAAAUCCCAUCGGCGGACGCAAAGAUACGUUAUCAGAUCCCCUUUUCCAUCGCCGACGACACUCAAAAUGACCGGGUACAGAGUGCUCGACUCCGGCUUGGUGUGACUAACCUAGUGACCGCAGACACAUUUGAGGUGCUGUUGAACGGACAAUCGUUGGCAGAGGAGCGGUGCACACGUACCGUUAUCAGAUCGCGAGACCCGUACGCAGGUCAGUGGUUAGAAUUUCACCUAGAGCAUGUACGUCCACAGAAGGGGGCAAAUGUGUUAGAGGUUGCAUUGAAGGAACGCCCCGCCGGAUUUGUGGGUGGAGUGACUGUCGAGGAUGUGGAAAUCCUCAUUGAAUACGGUCCCUAUCGGGUGGGAUUGCAAGGUUGA